AUGCUCCUUCUCGAUUACCAGAAUGUCCUGCUUCAAUCUAUCCUGACGGAACGCUUCUCAGGAGCACCGCCUCAAUCCAUAGAUCAAGUCGUGUCCGACUUCGAUGGCGUCACCUUCCAUAUUUCCACCCCUACGUCGAAGUCUCAAAUCUUGAUCUCUCUUGCAAUCAAGUGUUUCCGAGAACUGGUCCAGUAUGGAGCAGAAGCUGUCCUUCAACGAGAAUAUGGGAGUUACAUUACCCAGACCGAAGCGGGAUAUGACUUCAGCAUCUUGAUUGAUCUGGAAAACUUGCCGCCCACACCUGAAGAGAGAGAAGAGCUCGUCCGUCGCAUCAGUCUGCUCAAGCGUAAUGUUAUGGCGGCGCCAUUUGAAAAGGCGUUCGAUGAAUUUGCCCAGCUCUCAGAGGAAGCCGCCAAGUACACGUCCGAGUCAGCACCACAAGGCGUGAGAGAAGGAGGAGAGGUCUCGGCAAUUCAUUAUCGUGAAGAGGAGGCUAUCUAUAUCAAAGCCAGCCAUGACCGGGUGACUGUGAUAUUUUCAACACUGUUCAUCGAUGCGGUCGAUAGGAUCUUUGCAAAGGUUUUCUUGCAAGAAUUCGUCGAUGCAAGAAGGAGAGCCAUUCAGAACGCGCCACAGGUGCUAUUCAGAAGCGACCCCCCUUUAGAGCUUCAAGGGCUGAAGGGCGUCGGGAAGACCGGCGAGAAAGGUGAACUAGGAUUUAUCACAUUUGUGUUGUUCCCCCGACAUCUCACCCGCCAACGACGAGAAGAUGUCAUCUCACAUAUCCAGACAUUCCGCGACUACUUCCACUACCACAUCAAAGCUUCGAAGGCAUAUAUUCAUUCUAGAAUGCGACGGAGGACUGCAGACUUUCUUCAAGUCCUCAACCGUGCUAGACCCGAGAUGGAAGAACGAGAGAGGAAAACUGCUAGCGGCAGGACAUUCAGAGUGCAGGGCUGA